AUGGACUCCGUCCGCAACGCCCUCAACGCCGUCCUCAAUCCCCCACGCAAUCGCCUCAACGCCUUCCGCCACGACUGGACCCACAACUACACCUCCUGGCAAAAAUGGCGCCUCAUCGUGAGCAUAAUCGGUAUCCUCAGCCUCCCCGUCGUGCUAUUCGAGUGCGAGCUCGCGUCCCCAUACCCGCUUGCAUCCCAGCAAACUUUCACACUCGACUUCACCGGCAGCCACCACGUGGUCGCCACAAUGGACAAUACGAGCUUUUCCCCUCUUGGAUCCGCUCUCUUCGGAAAGCUCGAAGUCGGUUAUGGUAGCUAUGAGCCCGCUUCCGGCGUAGAAUUCUCCGAGGAGCAGAAGCAGGCCAAAGCGAAGACAUUCUACCCGCAGUCCGUGGCGGGCGCGCAGACGGGAGACUCGUAUCAUUGGGACUUGGACGUGGAAGGCAGUGGCGAUCUGGACGUAGUCAGACGCGAUAGUAAGGGCUGGAUCCUGGUCAUGAAAGAAGAUGACGGCACCCUCGACUCCGGGCCGAGGACGAAUCAAUUCAACGAGGGGGACUCUCUAGGGCCGGACAUGAGUGGCGGGUUCGCCUGGGAUGGGAAUUAUGUGUUUCAGGGAAGGGCGGGGUGGAAACCUGAGGGGACUCAUAGUGGGAGGCCGGAGUGGCAGGUUACCGUUAUGGUGGCGGACCUAAAGCCGCAAGGGAAUUGGCUAACGCAGACUUGGUCGCGAUUGUCGAGGUGA